AUGAUAGACUCGUCAACGGCCGGAAUCGAGGAGCUGCAUGCUCUUCGACCGAAGACCAUUCAUCAACCUCUUCACAAUGCUAUCCCUCCAGAACUAGUCCCUCGUUUCGACCCAGUCUACGUGGAGUACUACAACAAAUAUAAUGCUGGACGGCUACACACUCACGAGGUACCCAUCGAAGACUUUCGUAGAAAUCCCGCCAAGUACACCAUCGCCUAUGGCCGCGCAGCCGGACCAGAUGUGUUCCGCAUCACUGAGCAGAAAUGCCCCGUGAAGGAUGGAGAGAUCACUGUGCGGAUCUUUGAACCUGCUCCAGUGUCCGAUGACCAGGGCAACCUAAAGAAAAGAGCAGCAUAUGUCAACUUCCAUGGAGGCGGUUGGGUGUUUGGUGAUCUCUCCGUCGAUCAUGAUUUUUGCAAACGCCUCGUACACGGCCUCGAUGGCCACUUGGUGGCUUUUGACGUCAAUUACCGACUGGCACCUGAGUACAAGUACCCAAUUCCUGUCGAGGAUUGCUGGGCAGCAUUCAACUGGGUCAGUGACUUGGUCAUCAAUUCCUUCACUGUACAAUUGUCGAAGUCUGAGACCAAAGGUCUGACAAUUAGAUUGAAGAAAGCAGACGAAUUCAAUAUCGAUCCGGAUCGGAUGGCAAUCGGUGGUGUCUCUGCAGGAGGACAACUGUCGGCUGUUCUUGCACAUCUCUGCCGUGAUGGCAACAUUCCACUGCGCCUGCAACUCUUGACUGUGCCAGCCUGUGACUUGCACAGUGUCUUCACGUCAGAUGGACAGUUUGACCGCGAGAACUGCCCAUACGAGUCAUACCGGGAAAUGGAAUUUACGCCGGCACUUCCAGCAGCACGAAUGGCAUACUUCCAUAGGCAUUUUCUUGGGAAUCCUCGACCUCCCAGAUCCGAGGAGGACUGGAAAAUCUCUCCUAUGCUGGCUCCUAAUUUUGAAAAUUUAGCACCUGCUUUGGUGCAUACAGCAGAGAUGGACCCUCUCCGGGAUGAGGGCGAGGUUUAUGCUGCCAAAUUGAAGGAUGCCGGAGUUCGUGUGGAACUGAUCCGUGCUGUCGGAGCACCUCAUAUUUUCCCGCUAUUGGAUGGAAUUUUGGAGUCGGGAAGGGUGUAUAACGAGAAGGUGAUAGCCACGCUGCGGAAAGAGCUUUUGGUGUAG